AUGUCUCUGGAAAUCCUCUUGGCAGGAGUCCGAUUCCUGAAGUUUGAGUGCUGUUACUACCUCAGUGCUGGCUGGAAGGUCAUAUUCAAAGUGAAAUGUGCAGCUGAAUUCAACAAGUACAAGGUCCUGUUGUAUCUGGGCUCCGUAUUUACCAGCCUCCUUUUCUUAGUUGUGAACUUAACUUGUGCAAUGUUAAUCCACGGCGAGGUCUCGGAGAACCAGCUGAAGUGGAUGGUCCUUGCCCGCGCCCUAGUCAAUGACAGCCUCUUCAUCCUCUGUGCCAUCUUGCUGGCUUGCUGCAUGUGCAAACUGGGAAAGAUGUCUUCAGCGAAUGUCUACCUCGAGUCCAAGGGAACGUCUGUCUGCCAGGCUAUUCUUGUGGGAUCUGUAGUUGCUCUUCUGUAUUCCUCAAGGGCUUGCUAUAACCUGGUAGCUGUGGCCAUAUCUCCAGACAGUGUUCCUGGUCCUUUUAACUAUGGCUGGGACAACUUUUCAGACAAGGUGCACGUGGAAGUGAGCAGUGAAGAGUAUGUGGUGUUUGGAGUGGUCCUCUUCCUCUGGGAGCUGGUGCCAACAACUUUCGUGGUGCUCUUCUUCCGGGCUCAGAGACUGAGUCAGAACUUGACUUCAGCAGGGAUGGUCAAUAGUCACAGUUACAGCUCCAGAGCCUACUUCUUCGACAAUCCGAGGCGCUACGACAGCGAUGAUGACUUGUCACGGCUUGGGGCCAGAGAAGGAGGCUUGGCCACCCCUCAGUGCUCUGGCUGCUAUGGGUCCCUGGCUGGGAAUGACAGCUACGUGGUGGGUCCCCAUCUCAGCGCAACUGCUACAGACAGUGCCCCCUUGCUCUUUGCCGCGGGCGGCUCGGAGAUGAAUCACCAUAGCUCCCACCCCAUGCCACAGAACUGA